CAUGGCGAAACGAAAUAAAAAGAAUUCAACCGAGGACGAUAGUUCCGGCUAUUUAAGCGAUGAGGGCACUGGACCUAGGAUUUUAAAAAUUAUAUUACCUAAGGUUCAAUACGACGAACCAGAAAUACUUGAUGAAGUAUGGAAGGAAAAGAAAGUAUCAAUAACAGCGAAAAAAAAGAGCCCUCGUCUUCUCGGCUACCCUCAAACCAAUUAUUCUUUAGAAAAAGAAACGGAAGAUUGGUCUUGGCUUAGGCAUGCUCUUCAUCAACGACCUCGAUUUGAACCUCUUUUGCCGACAAGCCCGAGGAGGAAAGUCUCACCAAAUCAUGUUGAUUCAUCGCUUAGAGUACAAGGUCAAUGGCUAUAUCGACCUACACUAUCAAACCCUAAACCAAAGGAAGUGAAAGAGCGUUUGGAUGAUCGUAUGGAAUCGAUUGCCCGUCUCUUACCUCGUGUUUCCGGUGAAUUAGCGAUAUUAAAGGCGAAACGCCGUAGAGAAGGUCAAAGAAAAAAAAAGAAUACAAAGAUUUUCUGCGACGACGAUGUUCGUCAAACAUUAAUAUGUGUUCGUUUGAAUGAUAGAUCACUUCAAAGCAUUGAACAUCAAACAGUGCACAGCAACGUCGGUCCACGGCAGCAUAUUCACGUUCAGCAUUAUUUCAAAGAGACACCACUUCAUAUAGAAUCGUACUUUGGCAUGGACGAAAAAAAAUUACCACCAGUACGAGCUCCACCGUCUACACCAACUGACUCUUGUACAAAUAGAGAAGCAACAACAACAAACACGCCGGACAAGUUACCUAUUCCUAAAAGACAUUCUAUUAAGUUACCUCAAAUUAAUGAAACUAAAUUCCUAACUGCAUCUUCAACAACUUCUCACUCGGCAGCAGACUUUGAUAGAAUUUGA